GUAAGGGCGGAUGACUGUGUGGCGUCGCCGUUUGAAGCUCUACUCGGAGCGGGUGGAUUUUUUCGGGAGGGAAACUUUACAAGGUUUAAGGGGAUUCGAGCACCAUUAAUUCGUUUCGUUUAAUUAGCAGAGCCAGUGCUGCCACACUGAGAGAGGAGUCAAAAAAUGUCAGGCAUUGCAUUGAGCAGGCUUGCACAGGAGCGCAAGGCAUGGCGGAAGGACCAUCCUUUUGGAUUUGUAGCUGUACCAACAAAAAAUCCAGAUGGAACCAUGAAUCUCAUGAACUGGGAAUGUGCUAUUCCUGGGAAAAAAGGGACUCCAUGGGAAGGAGGUUUGUUCAAACUGCGGAUGUUGUUCAAGGACGAUUAUCCUUCAUCACCUCCAAAAUGUAAAUUUGAGCCUCCGCUCUUCCAUCCAAACGUGUAUCCAUCGGGGACAGUAUGCCUAUCUAUUCUAGAGGAGGACAAGGACUGGAGACCAGCCAUCACAAUAAAGCAGAUCUUAUUAGGUAUCCAGGAACUCCUAAACGAGCCAAAUAUCCAGGACCCAGCCCAAGCAGAGGCUUACACAAUCUACUGCCAAAACAGAGUAGAAUACGAAAAAAGAGUCCGAGCACAGGCCAAAAAGUACUCCCCGUCGUAAGAGGCGAAGACCGGCCCCGCUGCGCCCGAAGGAAUGGGUUUAACGAGAAUCACCUCCCCGCUCGGUCUCUCAAUGAAUGUGCUCCUCUCACAUCGGGACUCGCUUAAAGACUUCUAUUUAAACUCCACACAUUCUGUGCCAUCCGUUCUCCCUUCACCUAUCCAUUUUUGUUCUUAAUUUGUCGGUUGGCGCGUGGCGCUGGGAGGGGACCUCAGCACCCCACUCGUUUCUUUUUAAACAUUGUCUUAUGUGGUGCGAGGGACACAGCUUCAGUUUUUCCAUCAACUCCAUGCGAGCUGUCAUCGAUAUUCAUGGAAGUAAAUUGUCUUGUUUAAUUUUGCUCUUUUACAGGGUCUCUUCCUUUUUGUUUCCCUCCUUUUUUCCCUUAAAUUUAAUGUAAAAAUGGCUUAUUUCAUUGUCAGUAUUUGAACUGCUGUAUAAUGAAUGGCACUUUUAUACUGUUGUAUCCCACUAGUGUCUCUAGAUGGUCCAGUCUAAUUUACUUUCCCAGGUUUUUCUAUUCAGCAUGCUGUAAUAUACGAUAGAAUCUGCUGCCUUGGCUGUCUUUUUGUUAUUCAGAGUGUUUGCUAUGAAAUAAACAAAAAUGGCCACAGUAACUGAGGCAGGUAGGCUUUCUUCUGUACUUUAAGGUUAUAUGGUGCUUUGUUCAUGUAUGUGUUGGCUUAAUAAAACUUUCUACAAAA